GUUCUUCCAUAUUCAUUGCUUUAUACUAAAAGUUCUCUCUUUAUUAUUCUUCUAUAUAAUAUAAUCCUUGUCUUUCAUAAUUUCAUUCAUCUAGCAUUGUGUCAUAAUACCAAUGGCGGGACCAGUAGUGGAUGCAGAGUAUAUGAAGGAAAUAGACAAGGCACGUAGAGAUCUUCGAGCUCUUAUCUCCAGCAAAAACUGUGCUCCUAUUAUGCUUCGUCUAGCGUGGCAUGAUGCAGGAACCUAUGAUGCUACAACAAAGACGGGAGGACCUGAUGGAUCAAUAAGGAAUGAGGUAGAGAUAAAGCAUGAUGCUAACAGUGGUCUCAAAAUCGCAAUUGAUCUUUGUGAAGAAAUUAAGGCCAGACAUCCUAAAAUUACGUAUGCUGACCUCUAUCAGCUUGCUGGAGUUGUUGCUGUUGAGGUAACUGGAGGUCCUACCAUUGAUUUUAUCCCUGGUAGAAAGGAUUCAUCAAGCUCACCAGAAGAAGGGCGCCUUCCCGAUGCCAAACAAGGUCCACCACACUUGAGGGACGUCUUUUACAGAAUGGGACUCACUGACAAAGACAUAGUCGCAUUGUCUGGAGGCCACACACUGGGAAGAGCACAUCCAGAGAGAUCUGGCUUUGAGGGCCCUUGGACUAAAGAGCCUUUGAAAUUUGACAACUCAUACUUUGUGGAGCUUCUCAAGGAGGAUUCAGAAGGUCUCUUGAAACUUCCCACUGAUAAAGCUUUGGUUGAAGAUCCACAGUUCUGCCCUUUUGUGGAACUUUACGCAAAGGACGAAGAGGCUUUCUUCAGAGACUAUGCCGAGUCACACAAGAAGCUCUCAGAGCUUGGAUUCACACAACCUUCAUCUUGCUUCAAGUUAGCAGUAAAGAACAGCACGGUGUUGGCACAAGGUGCUGUUGGAGUUGCAGUUGCAGCAGCUGUUGUAAUAUUGGGUUACUAUUAUGAAGUCAACAGGAGAAUCAAGUAAGCAUUAGCAAGCACAAAAGUUCCAAUUCAUUCGCGAAGUCAACUGAAGCAUAUUGGAAACUGAAUAGCUCCAUAUUCAAUGGCAUUAAAAUUGAUUGUUGUUAUUGGCACCGCAUGCAAAAUAGUAUGAUAGUAUUUCUUUCUGUUUUCAUCAAUAAUUCUUGGGAUGUGCUGCUUGCAGCUAUUCAAGUGAAAAUAACAUGUCUUUAGUGGCUUUGAAAUA